AAAUUUUGGAUGAGGCUGGAAGGUCCAUGGCCGGGGGUCGAGCUCCUAGGUCGCGAGGUCUAGGUUCGCAUUCUAUUCCCGAAAUUAAUCAGCGCGUCUUCUUACGAUCUUCCACGACUUCACGUCAUGUUGUCUAGAGCGACUUGGAUUCGCGGGGACUAGCUCUGUCCGACUCGGAAGACGAGUUCUGACUAUCGAUCCAGACCUAUGAGCUGAAGUUCGAAGGUGUGUUGAAUACGACGGCGAGGUAUAAAUAUGACUUCAUCCCGCGAGGAAGUAGAUCUUUUCCGUAUCAGCACACCCAAACAGAUUGUUGUUUCUAUAGAGCUCCAACCUCUUCGUCUAUCAAAUCCCCAAUCCCAAGCCUCUUACUUACCUAGGUAACUUGCAACCAUCAUGCGUUCCUUCAUUGCUCUACUUACCCCGGUCCUCGCCGCGGCCACUCCCAUCGGUAUCAUCGGCGGUAGCGACACCCCUAAAACGGACGAAAUCAGCAUCAUCAGCGCUUCCGCCAGUGGAAACGGAUGCCCUCAGGGAACCGUGACUUCUGACCUUUCCCCUGACCGGAAGGUCAUCACCUUUGGUUUUGACGCUUUCCAGGUCUACACUGGACCCGGCACCAAGCAGUCGGAUAAGUCCAAGAACUGCCAGCUUCACUUGAACCUCAAGUACCCUGGAGGGUUUCAAUUCGCUGUUGUCGAGUCUACUUACCACGGAUAUGCUCAGCUCGAACCGGGCGUCACCGGAACCUUUUACUCGACCUACUACUUCUCGCAGGAUGCUGCCGCUACCACCACCACGAGAACUUCGAUUGACGGAGGCGGGAUCUGGGUCGACGGCAACGUGUACACCAAGCAGGACCAAGUCCCGACGGCUUCCAUCAUCUGGUCUCCUUGUGGUGCCACCGGAAUUCUCAACGUCAACAACCGCAUUGCGUUGACGUCCAGCAACGCGAGUGCCUCGGGCCAGAUCUCCGACGACGACGCCACCGUCGCCUUCACCCAGCAGGUUCACGUCAGCUGGCAAGCCUGUAAAUAAAGGGAAUAAGCAAGACCAAGUAACGCCUAAAGGAAGUUGUGCGGCACGGUGAUAUAAGGGGAUUUUAAGAGCACGAGGUAAAGGGGAUGGGGCUUGAUUCCCUGCAGAGUAAAACCGCUCAUGUGUAUUAGAUAGGAAAAUUCAAUGACCCCUUUCAAAACGUAGCAAUCGUCGAGUUACCUUCAUAUCCAUCUCUAGUAAACAUUCUCGAGCUUGUUAUCAAAAUGUACCUAGGAGGUAGGCAAUGUGGACUAUAGUGCACAUACUUAAGGUAAGUUUUUGGUAUUCUCAAAUAAAUACUGGGAUCAUUA